AUGAGUCAGUGUUCACAGCGUGAGUCCUCCAGGCUCCUUCUGGCACAGUUCCAUCGUAUAAUGAAGAACAGAAGUUCUUCUGUAGAAACCGGGGACCCGUCUGUUCUCUCUGGACAACCGAACUUGCUUCUGCCACCUCCCGGCUGUGGCUUUGAAGAGUGAAUCAGUUCCGGACGUACGUGCACGCAGUGACCCAGCAGGCCUGGGGACUCACAGACUGUGAGUGCCGCCGGCCGGUAAGGAGAGGCCGCUCCCUGAUGUGCACAACCAGACCUUCACCUCCAACCUCCAGCCAUUCAGGCAAUAAAAGUCAGGAGAGAACAUGUUACCUCAGGACCACUCUUGGAGCUGGCUGGCUGUGACGGUCGGCAUGCUUCUAGGUGUGAGGCCCUCAGCUUGCGGGAAUUUAUCUGGUGGGCGUCCAAACAUCCUUCUUCUGAUGGCAGAUGAUUUGGGCAUUGGCGACAUUGGCUGCUAUGGCAACAAGACCAUCAGGACUCCAAAUAUUGACCGCCUUGCAGAGGACGGUGUGAUGCUUACCCAGCACGUGGCAGCUGCUUCAGUGUGCACCCCAAGCAGGGCUGCUUUCCUAACGGGCAGAUACCCUCUCAGAUCAGGUAUGGUUUCCAGCAACGGUUAUCGUGUUGUUCAGUGGACCGGAGCAUCUGGAGGGCUCCCAACCAAUGAGACAACUUUUGCAAAAAUAUUAAAAGACAAAGGAUAUGCCACUGGGCUAAUAGGAAAAUGGCAUCUGGGCCUCAACUGUGACUCUUCCAAUGAUCACUGCCACCAUCCCAUCAGCCACGGAUUUGACCAUUUCUACGGAAUGCCAUUUUCCAUGAUGGGAGAUUGCAUCCACUGGGAACUGUCGGAAAAGCGUGCAGGCAUGGAGUACAAACUCCACGUCUGCUUCCAAAUCAUGGUCUUUGCUGCCCUCACACUCACCGCUGGGAAACUCACCCAUCUGACAUCGGGCUCAUGGACGCCGGUCAUCUGGUUGACCAUUGCCGCCAUCUUGCUCUCUGUAACCUCUUGUUUCAUAGGGGUCUUGAUUGUUCAUGCAGACUGCUUUCUGAUGAGAAACCACACCAUCACGGAGCAGCCCAUGCACUUUCAAAGGACGACGCCUCUUGUUCUCAAAGAGGUCUCAUCCUUUGUCCAAAGGAACAAGCACAGACCUUUCCUCCUCUUUGUCUCCUUUCUACACGUGCAUACCCCUCUGAUCACUACGGAGAUGUUCCGUGGGAAGAGCGUGCACGGGCUGUAUGGGGAUAACACAGAAGAGAUGGACUGGAUGGUGGGGCAGAUCCUUGAUACUCUGGAUAUGGAAGGUUUGACCAAUAGCACUCUUGUUUAUUUUACGUCGGAUCAUGGGGGAUCUUUAGAGGCUCAACUCAGAAACAACCAAUAUGGCGGCUGGAAUGGAAUCUACAAAGGUGGCAAAGGGAUGGGGGGCUGGGAAGGUGGGAUCCGCGUCCCAGGGAUCUUCCGGUGGCCUGGGGUGCUGCCGGCUGGCCGAGUGAUCCACGAGCCCACCAGCCUGAUGGAUGUUUUCCCCACCGUGGUCCAGCUGGGGGGCGGUGAGGUGCCCCAGGACAGGGUGAUCGAUGGCCGGGACCUGCUGCCCUUGCUGCUGGGGACAGCACAGCACUCGGACCACGAGUUCCUGAUGCAUUACUGUGAGAAUUUCCUGCACGCAGUCCGUUGGCACCAACGGGACGGAGGAAGACUAUGGAAAGUCCACUACACAACCCCAGUGUUCCACCCAAAGGGCGCCGGUGCCUGCUACGGGAGAGGGGUCUGCCCGUGCUCUGGAGACCAAGUAGUCCAUCACGACCCACCUUUGCUCUUCGACCUGUCCAGAGACCCCUCUGAAGCCCACGUCCUCACCCCGGACACGGAGCCCUUGUUCCAUCAGGUGAUGGACAUGGUUGCACGGGCCGUGGAGGAGCAUGGCCGGACGCUCAGCCCGGUUCCUCUGCAGCUGGACAUGCACGGCAACACCUGGAAACCCUGGCUCCAGCCCUGUUGUGGCCGGUUCCCCCUCUGCUGGUGUGAUCGGGAAGGUGACCCAGAAUCACUGCCUACCAGGGAGAGCUAGCUUCCUCCCUCCUCCCCGUACUUCUUGGUCCAAAUACAACUCUCCUGUGAAGUUACGACGUCCCUUUAUGUGGCUGGGACAGUUCUGCACCCCGAAACCCAAAAGGUAUAAGGAAGACACAGCAGCGUGCCAUCACCCUUAAGUCAACCGGACCACAUGGGGCUUAUUAAGCCCCCUUGGACCCCCAACAAGUGAAGAGCAAAGCCCCUCCUGCCUUGGGGAUUUCCAUUCCCCAACUCCAGCCCCACCCAGAGGAGGCUGCUCUGUCCCCAUCCAGACUCACAGUCCCAGUGGAAGAUACUUCCAUACCAAAUGGGUUUGCCGACAAAGGCCAACAGAGCACCAAACAUAGCCCAGAAAAGGCGUGACUUUAAAGAGUUUAAAGUUUGGGUUUAUUUAACCUAUAAAGAGUUUAAAGAGUUUGGGUUUAUUAACACUUUUCAAGCAAUUAUUCUCCACAAACAGAUGCCCUAG